GGGGGCGAUCGGUUCGAAUGUUGUUAUUGUCUGGGCUGAAGUUUUGGUUCCGCAUGAGCGUGUUUCUUCUGUAAACUGUCAAUCCUGCGCUCUAAUGAGCUCCUAGUUAGUGUAAUUUGAAUAUGGAGAAAGUCCUAAAAGUUCUGGUGCAUCUGUCCAAGGAAAACGCAGCUCCGCAAUGCGCGCGAUUCGUGCAGAGCAUAACUGGACACUUUGUAGGGAGUAUUGAGGACCAGGCGACAGUGAGCUGUUCUCUGGAGAGUAACAGAUUUGUUUUAUGUGACCGGCUGUGUGAUGGGGGCGUUCCUCUGAAGAGGGCGCCGUUUUGCCCCAUCAAAUACCUGUCGGACUCAGAGGCAGCCUCCCUGGCCCCAGAUACCCUCACCCGUGGAGUAGAUGUGGGAGUUGCUGUGCUGCUGCAGUCAGCCAAUCAGAAACUGUUGCUAACUCGACGCUCCUCCAGCCUCCGGAUCUUCCCCAAUGUUUGGGUUCCACCCGGUGGCCAUGUGGAGCUGGAUGAAAAGCUGUUGGACGCAGGACUCAGGGAGCUGCAGGAAGAGACCGGAUUAAAACUGAGUCCUGAUGAGAUCUCCUCUAAUCUGCUUGGCCUGUGGGAGUCGGUGUAUCCGCCCAUGUUGUCCAGAGGACUGCCUCAGAGACAUCACAUUGUGACAUACAUACUUCUGAAGAGCUCUCAAUCACACCUACAGCUCCAGGCCUGUUUGAAGCCAGAUCCUACUGAAGUCAGUGGGUGUGUUUGGGUUGAUGCAGGUCUGGUUAAAGCUGUAGUAUCUGCUGUGGAUGGCAAGGAAGAUUCUGUUCAAAUACCAGCUGAACUUGCAAAGACCAUCAGCGUGACAGAGGUGUCAUCACACGGUGAGAUAAGGGACACCUCGAUGCCUUUUUCUCUGUUCUGUAACCGAGCCCCGGACCAUGGCGAGGACAUCGAGCGAGUCAGCACUGGAACAAAAUUUGCCAUAGAACUCUGGUUAAAAACACUGGAGCCUCAUGCUGAGAUGGGUUAACUGCACCUCUCUUGGCAUGCUUCUGUUUAUGUACAUGACCAUUUAACCAGUGCCUUUAUGAAGACAAAACCCUCUGCUAGACUGGAGCUACUUCAGCAACUCAAAUGAACAUUUAAAUCAAAAAUUUGUCUUAAGCAAAACAGCAGUUCUGACGGUCAUGGAAUAACAGGUGUUAUUACAAUAUGGUUUUAUAAUUAUCAAAAUGUUUCCUUAGUAAUGACUUUGAUGUCAGACCUACAGGUUUUUAACAUGCAUUUUCUUUUGCAUUGUAAGAAACAUCAAUGUCUCUGUCUACCACAAGUGGGCGGUAGAAACUGUGGAAACCUCUGUUAAAGCUUGGAAAUUAAACUUUAUUCAAUAUGUUACAAUAGUUUAUAAUUACUU